ACGAACAAAAAAGCCAACCAAGUCUCUGCUCCGUUGAUCCAGAACCAGACUCCGACUUCUCUCUGGACGAGGUUGUGGCCCCAAGCCGCUCGUUGCUACACGACUCCUCCACUCUACUCAGCACAUGUCUAAAGUCGCGCUCGACCGAAUCUCGUCACUGACGUUCUACAAGAACGCGCUUACCCGUUCGCGCCGCGGGCAGCCUAUCUCGCAGCUCGUAUGCGUUGGGAAACCAUGCAACCUGUACCAGCCGGAGGCCGUGCGGUGCACCAACGCCGGUGGGUCAGGCACGGACGUGGACUGGAAGUGUGAGGCCGACCUGCCGGAGGCGCUGCGAUUUGGUCAGGUCGAGGUGUCCUGCGAGGGGUGGAACAAGCCUGGAGAUCCGUAUGUCCUGAAGGGCUCAUGCUCCCUCGAAUACAGCCUCGUGCGGGUCCCGGACGCCCUGCGUCGGCCUGACGAGCCCCGGUUCCCGUCACGGAUAUCCAAUUGGUUCGAAGCUGCCUACAAGAACCCGUCCGCCAUAUUCUUCUACAUGAUUUGGACAGCCUGCCUCCUCUUCAUCUUGUACAGCUUCCUCAAGUCAUGCUGGGGGAGCCGCGCCGGCUCAAGCACCUCGGGAGGGACAAGACCUCGCCCAUCUGGUGGCGGCCCUCGCUCUGGCUGGUUCUCCGGCUCAACAAACCGUCCGGGCCACAACAACGAUCCCCCACCACCAUACACGAAAUAUCCGGCCUCAUCCGCCACGAAUGCGCAGGCCGGCUGGCGACCGGGCUUCUGGACAGGAGCUGCUCUAGGCUGGCUCGGGAACCAUGUAGCGAAUCGCGCCCAGCGGGAGCCUGCACGAGCGUAUCCGGCGGCGUAUGACUGGGAGCACGAUCGGAUGUUCCGCUCGUCUCCAGCAGCUGGCGGCAUAUCGUCUAUGUGGGGAUCAACGAGACGUUCUGCGUUUACGUCCAGUUCGGACGACCGAGGAGAGGGGUCGUCGAACCUAGGAGCGACGAGGCGAAGUACUGGCCUCGGAGGCUCGAAUGUAAGAUGAGAUAGUGUACCUCCGUUGUGUGCACCUUUCAACUGUACAGCCUCUAUCUGACUGGCAUUCCAAUCGGAGUGUUGGAUCACAGUGAU